AGGCGCCCUGAGGCGGAGGGGGCGGGAGUAGCACGCCUGUGCCUGCAGGGCUGGCGAGACAAAAGGGAGGGACCCGGGCAGCCCCGCCCCCGAGCCCCGCCCCGAGCGGCCCGCGCGGGGUGUCAGGCUCGCUAGCCCGGUGGUCCCCCCACCCCCGGACGCCAUGUACCCCACGAGCUCACCGGCCGGCCCGGCCCUGCACCCGGUCCCUCAUCGCGCUCGUCUUCCCCCGCCCCGGCGCCUUGCCGAGCCGCAGCGAUCGCCCGCUGCCGGCCAGGGUCCCACGGCGCGCCCGCCGCCCACCGCGCCCGGGCCGCGGCCCCGCGUGGCCGUAAAAAUGACUUUCCGCAAGGCCUACUCCAUCAAAGACAAGCUGCAGGCCAUCGAGCGCGUCAAGGGCGGUGAGCGGCAGGCCAGCGUGUGCCGCGACUUCGGCGUACCGGGCGGCACGCUGCGCGGCUGGCUCAAGGACGAGCCCAAGCUGCGCUGGUUUCUGGACCAGCUUGGUGGAGAGGUGGGCACGCAGCGUAAGAAGAUGCGCCUGGCCAACGAGGAGGAGAUCGACCGCGCCGUCUACUCGUGGUUCCUCACCUUGCGCCAGCACGGCGUGCCGCUGUCCGGUCCGGUCAUCCAAGCUCAGGCUGAGGCCUUUGCUCGCCAGAUCUAUGGCCCCGAGUGUACCUUCAAGGCUAGCCAUGGCUGGUUCUGGCGCUGGCAGAAGCGCCAUGGCAUCUCCAGCCAGCGCAUCUAUGGCGAGGCUGAACCCCCGGCCGCAGGCCCUGCGCCUGUCAAGGAGGAGCCUGCACAGCCACCCGGCGCAGUUCUACCUGACCGUGCGCUGGCCACUCUACCCCACUCCGAGGGCGGCUAUGGUGACGAGCAGAUCUACAACGCCAACGUUACUGGUCUCUACUGGAGGUUACUUCCGGAGCAGGCCGCAACUCCGGGCACUGGGAACGCCAGCGGGCCUGGUGGGUGCAGCCGGCGCUGGCCGGGAGACCGAGUGACAGUACUGUUGGCCGCCAACCUGACGGGCAGCCACAAGUUAAAACCGCUAGUUAUCGGGCAGCUACCAGACCCACCCAGCUUGCGUCACCACAACCAGGACAAGUUCCCAGCUUCCUACCGCUACAGUCCGGAUGCCUGGCUCAGUCGUCCUCUUCUUCGGGGCUGGUUCUUUGAGGAAUUUGUCCCUGGCGUCAAGCGCUACCUGCGCCGAAGCUGCCUGCAACAGAAAGCUGUGUUGCUGGUGGCCCAUCCACCCUGUCCAAGCUGGGCCACUAGGAUGCCGGCCCUGGAAGAGAGUGGGGAGACUCCCAGGCAGUGCCAGCCUGAGCUCCUUGGGUCCCCGGAGGAGUUGCAGACACCUGAUGGUGCCGUCCGAGUCCUCUUCUUGUCCAAGGGCAGCAGCCGGGCACACAUCCCUGCACCGUUGGAACAUGGUGUGGUGGCAGCCUUCAAACAUUUGUACAAGCGAGAGCUGCUGAGGCUUGCUGUGUCUUGUGCCAGUGGCUCCCCGCUGGACUUCAUGAGAAGCUUCAUGCUCAAGGACAUGCUAUACCUGGCUGGCCUCUCUUGGGACCUGGUCCAGGCAGGCAGCAUAGAGCGCUGCUGGCUGCUGGGUCUUCGGGCAGCCUUUGAGCCUGGGCAGCAGCCAUCCCACCAGGUCGAGGAGGCCGCUGAACACAGCAGGGUGCUCAAUGACCUCACACAUCUGGCAGCUCUGGCUUACAAGCGCCUGGCACCUGAAGAGGUGGCCCAGUGGCUGCACCUGGACGAUGAUGGAGGUCUCCCUGAGGGCUGCGGAGAGGAGGAGGUGGUCCCCGCAGCCCCUCCAUCCCCAGCCAGCCUGCCGUCUAGCAUGGGGGCUGGAGAGGAGGAGGAAGAGGCCACUGAGCAAGGAGGAAUGUUGGUACCUACAGCCGGGGAAGCUGUUUGGGGUCUAGAGACAGCCCUGAGGUGGCUGGAGAGCCAGGAUCCUAGAGAAGUGGGGCCCCUGAGGCUAGUGCAGCUACGUUCCCUCAUUACCAUGGCACGGAGGCUUGGGGGCCUUGGGCCCUCACCAGCAGCGUCUCGUGAUGGCGUGUGACGACUGUGGCCCACUGGUCUUAUUUUCCUGCUGCACUGGGAGAGAGGGGGCAUACACAGUCUGCCACCUUCCACCUUUUCUCCCUGGUAUAGUCCACUGUAGAGGUCCAGGGGUGCACGCCCAGCACAGCUUGGAGGAGGAGUUCUGUUGGUAAAGGAUGCCCUGCCCCGUGAUCCACAGCGUCUUGGGGAAAUAGCUUCAAGAAGCAAAUGCUCUUUGCCGGGUAGGCACACGUGGGCCCAUAAGCACAAGCACCUCCUGGAGAACAGUUGACUGGACCUCCAUUCUGGCCCCUGUGGGGCUCACCCUUACCCCCAUGAGCACUGGAUGAGGCUGCUGCUUCCCUUUCAUUGCCUCCCUGGUGCUACCUGUUCUCAUCUCAGUGGGAAAACACUUGGUUUUGUUUUAAAAACAAAAACACAUUAAACCUGUUUUUAAAGAUGCUCUUCACAGAGAAGCAUGAGUGCUGGCCGGCCGAGUGAGGUGGUCUCUGGGCUCUCUUGCCCUUGCUCUGAAAACUGAAGGCCCUGGUGAUGUGGGUCAGAGCCCAAGCUAGGCCCCCAUCCCUUGGCUGGGGUGGUGUGCUCACAAGAGACUGGGAAGCGGGGAAGUGGAAGCCCAGUACUUGGUGAGGUUUUGGAUGCAGCAGAGUAUAGUAGAUUCUGUUCCACUUGGAUUUCUAGUCCUUAAAAAAAAAAAAAAAAUUCUGGAUAGAUCUUCUCUAUUCAUGAUGUUGGCAAGUGUUUGAAUUUGGACCCAGGUGGCUUGACCAAUGGCAGGACAAACCACAAAGCACUUUGUCUAGUUCUGGGGCUAUCUGAUCUACCGGGAAACAGGCUAUAUAGCCUUUGCAACCAUCUGGGAACCCUGCAGUGCCUUAGAGUCAACUCCUACCCUCUCCCUAGACUCAUCCACCUCCUGGUAUUGCCAAGGGUGUUGCCGAGGAACUACUGCUGGAUGGCCCAGGUUGAAGGAGCAAAGGCUCAGGGGAAUGCCCAACUUUUGAAUCACUCUGCGGCUCUGUCCAGCUGUGGAUUCAGAUUGCUCCUGGUGGUCUAGAGCUGAGGCCCCUGUGCCUUAAGGAGGGGCGAUGCUGCCUUUGCAGAAGUACUGUCCUGAGCCCCUGGCCUUGUACUCUCCCCUGAUUCAUGUCUCUCCUCAUAGUCUGAGCCUUGAAAACAUGAAGUAGGGAAGGGCUCGGGAUGCAAGAGUUUGGCAAUGGAUGGAGCCUUGGAUGAGGUCUCCAAAAGUGGUCUCCAUGUAAGUCCAAGAAUACAGCUGCUUGGAACCACACUGCACCCCAGUCAACAAUCUACACAAAUAUUAAGAACUGAGGGACAACAUGGAACAGGAGAACGGAGGCUCAGGUAGCAGACUCCAUCUGUACACUGGAGCCCAUCUGGUCACCUAUGUCCCUGGCCGCCUCAAGCCUAAAGACCUAGAGAACCUUCGGCAGUCAUGGUUGGUAGAGAGUCUCCAGCACUAGCAACUUGCGUGGGGGUUCAGAAGCCUAAUGUAUUUAUAUCAGCAGCUUCCAUAUCAGCCAGGCACCCAGGCUAGGAGCUGCCAUCAGGCUUUCAUAGACCUACUUCCAGGUCUGCAGAAAGGCAGACCUGCCUGGGCCCUGGAUUUACAUCCAGCCUGGAAAGCCUCUAGUAGCCGCUCCAGCCUAGGCUACCUGUACUAUUCUUUUGGCGAGGUUUCCAUCCGUUUCUGUCUUUGUCCUUUCUGUUGUGUUCCCUCCUUUGGCCUGGGCCCAGAUGGACUAGAGUUGGCAAAGACUAGGAGGGCUCAGGAGUGAGACCUCUCACCGGCCUCUCUAACUGUCCACGCCCCCUUCACCUGGGGACACAAGGUCCAGGAGGUUUCCAUGGCCCCAUAUUGCUGCUGCCCUAUAAACAAGGGUGGGCUGACUGGGUCACAGAGCGUUCCUGCCAGGUUUGUGUCUGUACACUACCAUUCACUGGACUAGGGAGACAGACGCCCCUGAGAAGGUGCCAAGGUAUCAUCUCAGGCUAGGGAUGCUAUGGUGCUUGCUAGGAUGCCCGAGACCUUAAGUUCAAACAGCAGCACUAUUUUUUAAAAGUGCAUUUCUUUUCUUUUCUUUUUUUUUUAGGCUAGCAUAUGCUGGUGUUCUUUACAUGCCACCGACAGAGGUGCUGGUGGCCGAGUCCUGGUUGUGGAGGGGGCUGCUUUGCCCAGGUGCCCAUAUGUCCCAGCAAUAGGUCCUAUAACUCAGGGGCUUGCAGUACUGCAUAUCCAGUUGCACAGCGGCCUUAGCCCCAGUGGCAGCUGGGCCUAGGAUGCGCAGUCGCCUCACCUUUAGUGUCUGGUGGGGCUCCCAGGGGCUCAUGGGCCCCUCAAGAGAGCCUCCUGCUCUCACUGUGUACCUACCUGGGUUGCACUGCUGUUCCCUACGGGCACCGAGUUGCAUGAACUGGAAAGGAAGGUGAAACUGCAGCCUCUUUCUCCAGCAGCCAUUGCUACCUGCUACGUAAAAGGCAUCGUGCAGGAAUCCUGGAUCUCUUGCCCCGGAGGCCUGCCUGUUCCCCACAAAGUAGAGUGAUCCUUUGGCCUGGGAAGUAUAGGCAGCCUUUUCGGGUAGGUGGUCCUGCCUGGGAUUCAUAAACGCAGUGUCUGGAGAAGGCACCCAGCACAGAAAGGUGGGUGUGAGUUCUGUUGGAGCCACCACCACCACCACCACUGCCUUUGGGGGUUGCGAGCUUGCCGUGGUCACAGGCAGCCUUGUUGUCCCCAAGGUCCAUGUACUUGGAAAAUGAGAGCAGCUGAGCUACAGGUGAACAAAAUGGUGUGACCGGAGGGGCAUAAAUCAAGCUAGAAGGUUGGUCCUCUGAGGAUGAGCCCUUUACACUACCUAGUUAGGUACCUAGUUAGGACUGACUAUGGGAAGCCCAGCUGGGACCUGGUAUAGUCUAGCCUCUUCCAAAUGGGCUCACAAGAGCAUCUUGACCCCAUCAGCUGCCCUCAAUAGGAUCUUGGGCUUGUGAGUUUCGUAACUUAUUGUAGGGCCCUUUCUCUGACACUCACCCUUGCUCACAGCUAAGUUCACCUGGCCAGAUGGUAUAAUGGCACUUGUGUAAUAAAGGUGAAACUAGUCAACGUCA